AUGCCUUUGAUUGCGCUAUUUGUUUUUGGGUCUUUCACCGCGGCAUUUGCAAGUGAAAGGACGACUGACGGUGAUUCGAAUUCGCCGCUUCUCAAUUUCAGAAGAGACUUCAUGCAUUAUUUCAUUGGUCCUCUCGACCGCUACGUUCAAUCUUGCGACGCAAACGAGACACCUCGAUCGUCUUGGCAGCAACGAGUAGAAAGGUCUGCCCUAGUCGAUCUAUUUACGUCAACAGAUGGCCAUAAUUGGUUGGUCGACAACAACUGGAACAAAACAGCGAAUCACUGUUGCUGGUAUGGCGUAUUCUGCAGCAGAGAAACGGGCCUGGUAUCCGCAAUCGUUCUCUACGAAAACAAUAUGAGAGGAAGGUUACCACGGCAUUGGCCGAUCCUGCUAUUCCCGGAGUUAGAAAUAUUGCUAGUGUCCAAGAACAAAUUGUACGGUAAGUUGAAUGAUGUUUUACCUCCUCGCGCUGAUAGAUUACAACGACUGACGUUGGCUUUCAACAACUUCACUGGCACGGUACCGUGGAAUACACUGUCGUCAUACUCGUCGCUCAAGAUAAUUCAACUGGCAUUCAACAUCAACCUGAAAGGAACGCUAACCAAUUCGGUUAGCAGCAUGAAGCAACUUCAAAUUCUUAGCAUUGGACAGACGUCCAUAAGAGGAAGUCUACCGAAAGAUUUCGGGAAGCUUCGAGAGUUAACGUUUCUGGAUAUCGAGAUUCUCCACAUCAAUGCUUCUAUUGACAUACUAUUUCAAAUGGCAAACCUCACAGAUAUUCACGCCUCGUGUAAUCGCAUGUACGGAAAACUACCGUCCGAUAUUGGAGUAAUAUGGCCGCGACUGAGAGAACUCAUUAUUAACGACAACCAGCUGACAGGAAAUCUACCAAACAGCUUCAAUUUGAUGAAAGAUUUGAAAAUCCUCGACGUCGGUCGAAACAAACUAACUGGUAAAAUACCGGAAACCGUUUUGACGCACACAACACUAACACAUCUCGACCUUUCAAACAACCACUUCAGUUAUCUAACAGGAAACAUGUCACUUUCACGGAUUCAAGUUUUAGUUUUAGCCGGCAACCGAUUCGACAUCCCGGCAACAGACAUAGUCUUUAACGUCUUGAAAUCAAAUUCGCUUCUUAUACUUGACUUAUCCCGUUGCGGACUGACGGGACGGUUGCCAUCGGCUAUUUGGUUGUUAAAUUCUAUGACACGGUUGAACCUGUCCUACAACGCUCUCUCCGGUCCUCUCCCUCCUCCCAUCGGAAAGCUCCUCAAUCUCGUAACUGCGGACUUUUCAAAUAACAACUUUUCCGGACCCAUACCAGAAAGCAUGUCUCAGUUGUAUUCGAUCAGACUCAUCGACCUCUUGAACAACAGAAGAAUGAGAAGUCCUAGUCGUUCCCGACUACUGCCUUGGUUCGCCUCUCCCAACUACCGCGUCGUCGUCAAAGAGAAAUCAUCGUUCAACUUCACGUGUCCGAGUAUUGACUUGUACAGUAGUAUUGGUGGCCAGUUACUCGUCAAUAGCACGUACUACCGACGACUUUACUGCAAAUGUGACCGGGGCACAUACGGGAAUAGAGGCGUCUGUCGUUCGUGUCCGUCGGGUGGUCUGUGUCUUGGCAAUCGACUCAACAGCACAAUCAGAAUACCUUCAAACCGCUACCCGUCUCCUUCUGCAAGAAACAUGACCACUUUAAUUCAAUGCAGUGCUCUGUACCGAGACGGUCUGCGCUGCAAUCCCGAUUCCAAUUGUAGCUGCUGGCUGUCCAACGAAGGCACAACCGUUUGCAACGAGACGUGCCUCUGCGCUGCUUACAGUACGGGCAGACUGUGUUCGGAGUGUCAAUUCAACACGUUCAAAGAUGGCGACGUUUGUCGGCCUUGUUCUACAGAGAGUGCCGCUACAAUUGGCCUAGUGACUGCCAUUGUCGUCAUCACGGUCAUAUUCUUGUUUCUCUGGGUUCUAUUCAGGAUAAGACCCAGAUGUGUCGCAUCUAGAUGGCUAAACGUCCUCAGCACAAGUGCGAUCUCCUUCCAAUCUCUCUUAAUCCUCACGUUGACAUUCAACGGCGUCAUUCCAACAUAUGCAGCUCAACUUUACUUUCUCAUGAUCUUUCUGGCUCUGGUAAACAAAAGUGUUCAUCUUAAAGCGUACAUGGUCAUCUUUCUCGUCUACUUGCAAAUUCUGGACUCUCUAAACGUCUCAGCUAUCAAAGUGGACUGUGAUUACUGCUCGUUUGCCUCAAUAUUGAAUACAGUCUAUAUAUCUAGAGUUACCAAUGUGGUCAAUUUCAAAGUGGCAGGGAUUGCAUGCACAUUCCCUAUUCUCUUCCGUCCCGUUGGACGCCUACUGACUUUAGUAGCUCUGCCACUGCUCGCUACUGUUCUACUCUACGUCGGACGUCUGAUCGACUACUUGCUGGUCACACGAUGCAGGAAGUUCUCAACAGAGCAAAGACGAGCCCUCAGUGAAGUGAUCACCAUCAAAUCCAAAUCCAAUAUUGUAUUCCUUGUAAACAUAUUCUACUUUCCCAUAGCCAAGUCGGUCGUUAAAGCUCUUCUUCCCUGUGACGCAGAUUCCGGAGACGGAAAACACUACAUGAAAGCGUAUCCAUGGAUAGAAUGCAGCUCAGAAAAGUACAAAACCCUAGUAGCACUGGGGAGCGUCCUUGCAGUGGCGUACGUCGUCUUGGUUCCCGUUUUGUUUCUGAUCCUGUUACGGAAGUACGCGUGGAUGCUAGACAUAACCCACAAAGAACCGUACCCGGCCGACGGAAUUCGCCUCAGAUCCACAACCGACGCUCAGCUAGAAUACAUAGAAUGGCUCAAGAGUCUCUGCUGUCCCUACAAGCGAGGUCACCGCAAGUACAUGGCAGUUCUCCUCAUGCUCCGCCGUCUCGGCAUAGCCGUCUUCGUCGCAGCCUUUCCCGCCGAUCAGAAGGACGUCCAAUCGAUGCCUUUCAACGCACUGCUUCUGGCCAGUGUCGUCUUUGUAGCGUCGGUGAGACCGUACCGCAGCGAGACACCCUGGAAGCUCGAGAACGUCGCCGACAUUGCAGCUUCCACCGUCAUACUAUUCACAUACAACUCCAUGUCCAAUCGCAACGACGUCGGACCGGCUACAGCAUUCACUGUUUUUGCCGUCAACAUUCUCUUUGUUGUCUCCAUAGUAACGGUAGCAAUCGGUCAAUUUAUCUACGCAUGGAAAAGGAAGAGAAACCAAAAUCUAGACAGACAAGAUCCACUCGACAGAGACGAUUUCGAUUUUGCCACGUCAGAUUUCGGGGAAUCACCAACCUUCAGUGUCGCAGAGACUGACGACUACGGCGCGACCGAACCCGGCGGAUUGUCAACAGUCGACUACAGACUCAUGACAACCACAGACAGUCAGCACCAGUUCCUCAACUACUAG